GUCACGGGAGCGCGCCCGGCAGCACUCAGGCACGCUCCCGCCGCGCGGCCACGCCACCGGCCAGCUUCCCCCUCUCUUUCCUGUUAUUCCAACUCCAUUUUCCCCUCUCCAAAGUCCACUUUGACCUCGCUUUACUGCUUACCACCUUCGCGCGGACGACCGAAGGACGGCUGAAGGACCGCCGAGUGUCGAGUGCUCCGAGUCCUGCGAGUCUUCCGCUCGGUCGCGGCCCGCAACUUUCCGUCUUCACUUUUCCAACGGCCGGUGACGUCAGCUGCGUCACGUCGUAAGUGAGCCAACUUUUUGUGCUUUAAAGUGUGCCUGCGCUCGCUCGCUCGGUCGUGUGAGUGCGUGUCAGGAGCGCCCCCACCCAACUUUGUGACGGUGUGUCCCGGUACCGACAGGCCUGGACCGGAAGUAGCCCACGAGCGCAGACAUGGUGGUUGUGGCGUGAGACGACAGGUAUAGCCUGAUAUUUGACCUGGCUCUCUGAUUGGCUGCUCAACGGUGGGGUGGGCGGAGCCAAGAAAUGGCAGGUGCAUCAGUAAAGGUGGCAGUGCGAGUCCGCCCAUUCAACUCCAGAGAGACAGGCCGCAAUGCCAAGUGUGUCAUCCAGAUGCAGGGGGAAACCACCUGCAUCAUUAAUCCCAAACAGCCCAAAGAUGCAGCCAAGAACUUCACUUUUGACCACUCCUACUGGUCACACACAACGGUGGACGACCCCACCUUUGCAGGCCAGCGUCAGGUGUACCAAGACAUUGGUGAGGAGAUGCUGCUGCACGCCUUUGAAGGUUACAACGUGUGUAUAUUCGCUUACGGCCAGACAGGGGCUGGAAAGAGCUACACCAUGAUGGGCAAGCAGGAGGUGGGGCAGGAGGGUAUCAUUCCACAGCUAUGUGAGGAUUUGUUCCAGAGGACUGGGUCCAAUGUGGAUCCAGACCUGACCUAUUCCGUGGAGGUGUCAUACAUGGAAAUCUACUGUGAGCGGGUCCGGGAUCUGUUGAAUCCCAAGUCCCAGGGGACUCUGCGUGUGAGGGAGCAUCCUAUCCUGGGGCCGUAUGUCGAGGACUUGUCUAAACUAGCUGUGACUGGAUUCAGCGAUAUCCGUGACCUGAUGGAUGCCGGGAACAAAGCCCGGACAGUUGCAGCCACAAACAUGAAUGAGACGUCGUCCCGAUCCCAUGCAGUCUUCACCAUUGUCUUCAGCCAGCGGCGCAGAGAUCACAUGACCCAACUAGACACAGAGAAGGUCAGUAAGAUUAGUCUAGUGGACCUGGCAGGAAGUGAACGCGCCGACUCAUCGGGGGCGAAGGGCACCCGGCUAAAGGAAGGAGCCAACAUCAACAAAUCUUUGACAACGCUGGGAAAGGUCAUUUCCGCCCUGGCUGACAUGGUACUGACUUACUUAAAAAUGUGUUGAUUGGUUGUCUUUCAAGGUGACCUUCUCUUCCUCGUCUUCCUGCAGCAAAGCAGCAAAAAGAGGAAAAGUGAUUUCAUUCCCUACAGAGACUCUGUUCUGACAUGGCUUCUCAAGGAGAACCUGGGGGGGAACUCUCGCACGGCCAUGAUUGCUGCUCUCAGUCCUGCUGACAUUAACUAUGAAGAAACGCUCAGCACCUUGAGAUACGCUGACCGAGCCAAACAGAUCCGCUGUAACGCCAUCAUCAACGAAGACCCCAACGCAAAACUGAUCCGAGAACUGAAAGGAGAAGUGGAGAGACUCCGUAACCUUCUCUUUGCUCAGGGUCUACAUGAGCUAAUCCACAACCACGCCAACAACAAUGGCUCCUCCCUAGAGGGCGUGUCCUCACCGCUGACCAUCACAGCCAAUGGGAUCACUGAUCAGAAAGACUCCGUCUCUUCAGAUGAGUCAGCAGCUGUCAAUCAUCUUCCUGCUGGAGAGGAGGUCGUUGCCACGGAGACCAUUAGUAAAGAGGAGGCAGCCGAGAGAUUGCUGGAGACAGAGAAGAUCAUGGCCGAGCUCAAUGAAACUUGGGAGGAAAAGUUACGGAAGACGGAAUCCAUUCGUUUGGAGAGGGAGGCGCUUUUGGCGGAGAUGGGCGUGUCUAUUAAAGAAGAUGGAGGGACUCUGGGUGUCUUCUCUCCUAAAGGAACACCUCACCUGGUCAACCUGAAUGAGGACCCUCUCAUGUCUGAGUGUCUCCUGUACUACAUCAAAGAAGGACUCACCAGGGUGGGACAGCUGGAUGUGGACAUCAAGCUAUCUGGUCACUUCAUCAAGGAGAUCCACUGUGUGUUUGUGAGUGAAACAAACGAGCAAGGAGAAGUGGUGGUCACUCUGGAGCCGCUGGUCGGGGCGGAGACUUACGUCAACGGGAAGCAGAUCACUGAGGCGGUCGUCCUCAAACAAGGUAACCGCAUUGUGAUGGGGAAGAAUCAUGUCUUCCGCUUCAACCACCCGGAGCAAGCACGGCUAGAGCGGGAGCGCAGCGCCCCGGUGGACCAGCAGGGGGAGCCUGAGGACUGGAACUACGCUCAGAAGGAGCUGCUGGAGAAACAAGGCAUUGACAUCAAAUUAGAGAUGGAGAAGAGGCUUCAGGACAUGGAGACUCUGUACCGCAAGGAGAAGGAGGAGGCCGACCUGCUGCUUGAGCAGCAACGACUGUAUGCAGACAGUGACAGCGGAGAUGAUUCUGACAAACGUUCCUGUGAGGAAAGCUGGAGACUGAUUUCCUCCCUCAGAGAGAAACUACCUGCCAACAAGGUGCAGUCCAUCGUGAAGCGCUGUGGUCUUCCGAGUAGCGGAAAGAGAAGGGAGCCUCAGAGAGUCUAUCAGAUCCCUCAGAGGAGGCGGAUCAGCAAAGACCCAAAACGUGUAACCAUGGAGGAUCUUCGCUUGCAGGCCGUCAAAGAGAUUUGCUACGAGGUGGCACUGGGAGACUUCCGUCAUUCCCGCCAGGAGAUCGAGGCACUGUCCAUUGUCAAGAUGAAGGAGCUGUGCCGCAUGUAUGCCAAGAAGGACGCCAAUGAGAAGGACAGCUGGAAAGCGGUGGCCCAGGAUGUGUGUGACACCGUGGGCAUUGGUGAGGAGAGGAGUCCGCCCCCAGAGGAGGGGGGAGUAGGAGGAGUGGCGGGGGAAGGAGGCGGAGACAAAGGAAAGGUGUACGACCUGAAGGCUCACAUCGACAAGCUGACAGACAUUUUGGAGGAAGUGAAGCUGCAGAACAACAUGAAGGAUGAGGAGAUAAAAGCACUGCGUGACAGAAUGAUCAAGAUGGAGAGCGUCAUACCUGUCCAAGAGGAUGAGGUGGACAAUGAGGAAGGAGGCGAGGCUCCUCACAGGGACCAGGACGCUGACUUGCCAGAGACCAGAGUGCAACGUCUGAUGGACGAAGAUCCGGCAUUCAGGAGAGGGCGCCUCCGCUGGCUGAAACAAGAACAGCAGAGAAUUCUCAACCUGCAGCAGCAGAACAUCAGUAAAAAACUGCGAGGUCUCAAUCAGAGCCAGAACCAAGGUCAAUCGCCCCCCACCAUGCCCGUGCACCUCCCAGGAACUGGACGCUUCAUCCCUCCCCAGGAGUGCAAGCUCAAGUUCCCUUUCAAGAGUAACCCUGCCCACCGGUUGUCUUGGGGACCAGCCAACGCUGCCUUGCAGGCUCUGGGUCUGGUGGAGAGGGGGGGAACAGAGGGAGUAGAGGAAGAGAAGAGCUCUAAGUCUCCGCCUCCUCCGUCUCAAUUGACCCUCCCUUUCCAGGUCCCGCCCCCACGCAUUCGAACCCCCAGUCCACAUCGUGCCUGGCAACAGCGUAACCAAAGCAACCAGGGGGGAGUCCACCAACAGCGGCGCUAUCGCCGAAACUCAUUUGACAGCUCCACCCCUGGCAACAGUAACUACAGCAAUGACCAGCAUCACAGGGGCGGGGGUCAUCAAGGAAGACCUAGCCAGAGGAGGGGAGUGUCGCCCGGACCGGGGGGAGAGAGGGUAGGGGGAAGGGACAGGGAUGCAGGCUUCUAUUUCAACCACCACCAUCAUCAUCUUCAUCAUCCAUACUACAGCUCCCACAAUGCACCAUUCCAGCCUGCCCCUUUCCCAAACUACCACAGCCUGCCUCGUGGUGCCGGCCCGCCCCCUCCUGCUGAAAUCAUCCUGGGCCUGGGUCCGCCUUUGAGUGGGUGGGGCUUCACCGCUCCACCUCCACGCAUGAGACGACAGUUCAGCGAGCCUGACCUCAAAAACCAGGAAGCCCCCAAUAACCUCUGACCCUGAGCCUCACCACACAGAAGAUUCAGUUCUACAUGCUGUACACCGUGUGUGUGUGUGUGUGUGUGUGUGUGUGUGUGUGUGUGUGCCUGUGAGAGAGAGAGAGCGAGAGCUUCUGCAUGUCUUAUGUUACCAGGGAAAACGGGAAACAUUUUAGCUCCUGAGGCUCACUGCUGUUAGCUUGCUUUGUUUUGGAGCCCAGGAGGCUAACUAGUCUGCUGUGUUAGCACAACCCAUCACGCAAACGCCAAUUAUCUCAGCAGUCAAUUGGACAUGUCAAUGUUGUAACAGUGUGUGAACACACACAGUAUUAUUAUGAAUUCAAAGAUGGCCUCUUAGCCUUAGCAAGUUAGUUGUCUGCAAUGAAUGAAAGGGGGAAGUAAACAAAAGAAAACUAUUGUUUGAAGCUCCAAACCAAAGACGUGUGUUUGGAUUUCAGCAUUGUGGCAAGGAAUGAUGAAUGUCAGAAGGACUGGAAUGUCGUCAGGGAAAGUUGACAACUUUCAAAGUUGUCGUGGAAGCUAAUGGAAUCACGUUUGGGACUUUUGGGAGCUGAAAGUGUUGUUAUUGAAUGUCAGUCCAUCCCGGGACAAUCUACUAGCUGCUGGUUCCCACCUCCAAGCACGACGGGAAAUUACCAUGAUGCCUUUAGUGUAACCGACUUACUGAUGAAGCAUUCUAACCUCAUCCUCACUUUGUGUCAUUAGUGUGGGGGCUACUUGGGGAUUGUGUUUUUGUGUCUGUGUGCGGCUAAUUAAGAAUCAUAUGGUGAAGUUUGUUUGACCUCAGAGGUUCAUUGUCUCUGACAUGUAUUUUGAAGUCUUGAACACCCCUCCCAAAAGUCCGGGAAAUGGACCCAAAUAAACACUACAUUUUCUUGGA